CUUGUGGCAGAAGCACUGCAUCAGAAGCUUCUGCUGCCGCUGUGUGAUUUGCGCGCAUGUACGGUUGCCUCCAUAUACGGACAUUGUUGUGCUCCUAUAUUUAGUCGAAAUGCAGCUUUUGCGUGCAGAGCGUGUGAAAGUGGAUACUAGCAAACGGUGAAUGCAAAGAAACGAGCAACAGACGCUGCUUGCUCAGCCAGAAUGCGCUCGGCUUAUAUCGCUAUCGCGAGCAUACUUGCCAGGGAUAUGAGACAUGGGUCUCUUCAAACAGAUAUCUACGACUUGUGCCCCUUGGCUCAUGCCGAUCAUACAUACAGUGCGCUGCUUCAAAACCCAAGCCGUCCUAGGCACCCAGUGCGUCUGAGAUGUAAGAUCGGCGGGAUGUUUUACAAAUGGGAGACAAUAUGCACGAUGAGGUCAGUGCUAAUCCGAUCCACAAAUCCGAUCACAGUGCCGUUGUUUGCUGGCUCUGAGCGCCCAGAUGGGGCUGAAUCUGCAUGGCGUAGCUGUUCAUGUACCGGUGCCAGUGCGCCCUAUCUGGGAUGCACGAUAUCAGCCCGCACAAUAUGUGAUAAGGAAUAUCCGGCAAGGCGCCUGGGGUAUUAGGGACUGCAGCGUCUAUCACGGCCGCCAAGAUUCCAGUCCAAAAAUAUAAGGUUCUCCAGCGGUCUAUAAAUACCAAAGUA